ACAGAAGGUAAUGGCCGUCUUGUGAUUGGCCUACGCCUUACGUCGUACUGUUCCAGGUAACCACGGCAACGUUACUGAAAAAUGGCAGCUCCGGGAGAUGAGAUUAUGUUACCAGGCCGCAGCGGUUCACCGACCCCGGUGAUAACCCCGGCACGGGAGGAUGGCGGGCCAGGCCUCGGGGUAUGUUCACUGUGCCUCUCCGGGCCAGGAAAAUACACGUGUCCGCGCUGUAAUGCUCCUUACUGCAGUCUGGCCUGUUACAAGGGGCCGAGACACACGGCCUGCUCGGAACUCUUCUACAGGGAGUGUGUAGUGCAAAUGCUGCGGGAGGAGGAGGCCGAGCCCCGGGGGAGGAAAGAGCUGGAGGAGAUGCUGUUGAGGCUGAGAGAAGAGGAAGAUGGAGGGACUGAUUUGGGUAGGAUGGUGGAUGGAGAAGAGGCUGAAUUGUGGAACAGACUCACUGCCCAGGAGAAGGAUCAGUUCACCAGGCUCCUACAGAGCGGGGACAUCGGAGCAUUAGUCCCUCAGUGGAAGCCCUGGUGGCACCCCGGGGAGAUCAGACAUAAGAUGAUCCUGGAGCUCCCAGAAGGGGCUGAUGGCUCUGAUAAGCCAAGGAUAGAAAUGGCUGAUAAAGCCCCUGAUGCAAUCAGCAAGACUCCGGAGGUCAUAGAAGAUCCCUCUCCUAAUGCAAAUACUGAAGGUCAGAAGAAAGGCGAGGACCCAGGUGUCCAUGACCAGGCCACAGGGACAUCGGUGCCCCCAGUACUAAGCUCCAUCCCACCCCUGUGCUCACUCAGCCGUAAUCCUUCCCCAUUAGUGAAGUACACCGUGGUCAAUGUCAUUUAUGGCUAUGCCUUUUCCCUUCUACGGCACAAUGGUGAUGUGAGCGACGCCGACAUACUAUUGGAUUUCACGGGGACCCUUCUUUCUGUUUCCGCUGCUCUCAGUACCAAUGCUGUGUACAACUCCACGCCUCAUGCUCUGAAGAGUGCGGUACGUGCUGCCUCUGACCCACAGGCCGGAGGGGAGAGAGGUUUAGCUUGUUCUGCCAUGGAGGCCACGUCUCAGAUUCUUCAUGGUGAUGGAACCAAAACAUACUCCCUGGCUGCUCUCUCCCACUUGUUCCGUUUGCUGGGAAAGGUGCGGAAACAUGUGGCCAGUGAUAAAGAUAUCCGGAAAGGAGCAUUCAGUGCCAAGAAAAAAUGUUUGUUCCUGGCUGCAUGGGUGAAAGAAAAUGAGGACUGUUUGGGGGUGCUGUCUAUGGAGAUCAUGGCGGAGUACAAACAGUAUCUGGAUGAACUCAGUGGAGUGGCAGAGAUCUCUAAAGGGCUGCAGAAAGUCUGGGGUGGGAAAAGACCACAGGAGAAAAAGAAACUCGUACAAGAAGUCAGCCUACCCACAGAGAACUCAGAAUGAAACCUGAAAGACAGCUUGCC